AUCAAAGCCUCCGAAGGCGGUGGUGGAAAAGGUAUCAGGAAAUGCAAGAACGAGGCGGAUUUCAAAGAGAACUUUGUUCAAGUGCAAACCGAAGUGCCUGGAUCGCCCAUCUUCAUUAUGAAGUGCGUCGAGAAUGCAAGACAUAUCGAAGUCCAACUCAUAGCCGACAGAUAUGAGAACGUAAUUCCGGUAUUCACUCGUGACUGUUCUAUUCAGCGGAGAUGUCAGAAGAUUAUUGAGGAGGCUCCCGCGAGUAUCGCUCCCAAGGAAACUCUUAGGAGAAUGCAGGAGGAUGCGGUUAAAAUUGCCAAACUAGUUGGUUAUGAAUCGGCUGGUACUGUGGAAUACAUGUACCUUCCAGACGAGGACAAAUAUUUCUUCCUUGAACUCAAUCCGAGACUUCAGGUCGAGCAUCCUUGCACCGAAAUGCUGGCCAGCAUCAACAUUCCUGCCAUUCAAAUGCAGAUCGCAAUGGGUCUUCCACUGAAUAGGAUUACUGAUAUUCGACUGUUUUAUGGACUGGAUAGGUAUGGCACUACUCCACUUCCGGACGAAAUUGUUUUAACGGAUACUGAGUACAGUGUAAUCGCUGCUCGAAUCACUUCUGAGGUAGGAGCACUUAUCAAUGCAUUCGUUGCCAUUCUUAAUCGAUAUUUUUGGUCUCUGUGGACGAAUUCACAUAAAUGUAGUCUGCUGUUGGUUCUAGAAUCCUUAAGAGUUUUGAAAGUUAAAUCUAGUUUCCGCAAACUGAGUUCAUAG